AUGUCGCCAACGCGCGCACUCUCAUCUGAGUCCAGCGUUGGCGCGGCUGGUGACACAUUUUCUAACGCCGCGUCGCUGAGCUCAACACCCCCAACCACCAUAGCCGAUACCAUCAGUCUCGCAUCCGAGACUUUCAAGAUCGACGCCCCUACUGCAAUUGGUCGCGGUGACGACCUCGCCGACCAGAUCGAAGCCGACGCGCCCUCCGAGGUGGCCGACUCUAUUGUCGCGUCUGCCGAGCUUCCCAGCCUUACUCAGCUACCCGAUGCAUCCGAUUCUACGCCUAAAGCUCGCAUUAACACGCAUGUGAACGUGCGUUCGCGACGAGAACGCCAGAGCGCCCCGGUAUACAACAUCGCCGAAUUAGCCGGCACUGCUGUCCAUGGUAAACGUCGAUCUAAGGGUGACGAUGUAUCCGAUAGAAGACGCCGAAACACAGUUACCGGUGGUACUCCAAUUGGAGAUAACGCGGAGAGUCGUGUUGUCGCAAAAUCUCCGAAGUCCGCUAAGGCGUCCAAGUCGAGAGAGGUCGAUAACUCUCGACGGAUCUCUACGCGUUCCUCUGGCAUUGAAGCAGUAACCCUGGCGGACAAGUUGUCUACUCCAGGCAAACGGGGUAGAAAGACCUUUGAAAAGGGAUUUACCAAGAUGUCGCGUGAGUUACGACGUCUACAAGACACGGACGAGUUCGCUGGUAUCGACAAAAACCCCGUUUUGUAUACCACGUGGGCCAACGGGAAGUACGUCAAUGAGUCUCAACCUCCGAAGAAGAAGGCUAAGGUGGCCGACGAGACGACCACUGUCUCCGCUCCCGAGCCGGAACCUCUCGUCGAAGAGGGUCCUGUUUUUAGAAAGAGACGAGCUAAGAAGUACCUCGAUCGAGGCCUAUAUGCCGGCCAGGAGACACCAGUAGAUAUAUACCAGGGCCUCACUACAUCGGAGAAGAAGAGCUUAGCCCAGCUCCCUGAGCUGAUGCCUAACGGUAAAGUGAACAAGACAAUGCCUAUGCCCAUGUACAAUGGCAUGCGCACGUUGAUUCAAGGCAGAGAUUUCAAGCUACCUUUCGACAUCUGCCAUCCGCUCCCGCCUGGACAACCGAAGCCGGACGAAUGGCGCAAGAUAACGAAGAAUCGAUUCGUUGGUGACGCUGGUGCUUAUUGGAAGAAGACGCCUCACUUCAAGGACAAUACCUCGAAGUGCGUGUGCAAGCCGCAGGAAGGAUGUGGUGAAUCAUGUCAAAAUCGCAUCAUGCUUUAUGAGUGCGAUGAGACGAAUUGUAAUGCGGGCCCGGAGUUCUGCCAGAACCGUCCCUUUGCCCAGCUGCAGGAGCGCACAAAGGAGGGGCGCAAAUACCAUAUAGGCGUUGAGGUUCUCAAGACCGAAGAUCGAGGUUACGGAAUUCGCGCCAACCGUUGCUUUGAACCGAAUCAGAUAAUAAUGGAGUACACGGGCGAGAUAAUCACCGAGGAAGAGUGUGAUCGUCGCAUGAAUGAGGUGUACAAGCACAAUCAGUGUUAUUACUUGAUGUCCUUCGAUCAGAACAUGAUCAUUGACGCAACGACUGGUAGCAUCGCUCGUUUCGUCAACCAUUCAUGUGAUCCGAACUGUAAGAUGGUUAAAUGGAUCGUGUCGGGACAGCCACGAAUGGCCCUUUUUGCUGGGGACCGCCCUAUCAUGACGGGCGAAGAGUUGACUUACGACUACAACUUUGACCCUUUUUCGGCUAAGAACGUACAGAAGUGUCUUUGUGGUAGCGCCAACUGCCGAGGAGUUCUGGGUCCAAAGCCAAAGGAACCCAAGCAACCAAAGGUAGCCAAGGGGAGUUUGACGGAAACUGUCAAGAAAGGCGUCAAUGCAGGCAAGAGAAAGUUGAAAGAUGCUCUUGGCGGGAAUGGUGACGACGAGGGAAGCGCAGCGAAGAAGCGUAAAAUCAAGGCUUCAACGGGAGUUAGGUCUCAGGGUGCCCGAGGCGGUCUCUCUACCGCCGGCCUUAAAGCGGCUAAGGAAGCAGCUACUGCUCUCAAGCGGGGCAUGUCUUCGCUUUCGGCCAGCACCCGAUCGGUUCUCGGCUCCAAGUCAACUACUGGUAGCAGGACGGCCCCUGUCCGAAAGUCGAAAAGUGUGGUUAGAACCUACAGCAAGGGUAAGGUACAGUCGAAGGCACCGGCUAGACUCCGAACGAGCCCUAGAGUACCGUAUUCCAACAAGGCAAGCUCUACCAUUGUCGCCGCGGGUCCUCAGCAAGCCACCACGUCUGCUUCCCUCAGCAAGAAAACCAUAACUUCGUUCGAGUUUGAUGGGGGAGAUAACGAAGAGGAUCCUCGUGGUGCAGCACCGCCUAGAAAAACUGUCGAGGUAACCCAAUCUGUGAGCAAGAUUCGACUUGUUCAAUCGUAA